AUGAAAGAUCUUGCUGAUUUCAUAAAGUCAAAGCAGAUUACUGCAGGUGAGGUACCAGUAGCAUUGAAGGUGAAGAAGCAUGAUCCUAACUUAGCUAGUAAUGAAGGUGUAACACCUCUUAUGGUAGCCAGUAAAAAUGGUCAUGAUGAUAUUGUUGAAUUAUUAUUAGGGAAGAAUGUUCCAAUAAAUACCCAAGAUGAAAAUGGAGUAACAGCUAUUUUUUGGGCUAGCCAUAAUGAGAAGAAUGUUCCAAUAAAUACCCAAGACAAAAAUGGAGUAACAGCCGUUUAUAUUGCUAGCCGUAAUGGUCACUCUUCUGUCGUUUCUAUCUUACUUUGCAAUGGAGCAGAUCCUAACUUAGCUAGUAAUGAAGGUGCAACACCUCUUAUGUUAGCCAGUCAAAAUGGUCAUGGUAAUAUCGUCGAAUUAUUAUUAGAGAAGAAUGUUCCAAUAAAUACCCAAGACAAAAAUGGAGUAACAGCCGUUUAUAUUGCUAGCCGUAAUGGUCACUCUUCUGUCGUUUCUAUCUUACUUUGCAAUGGAGCAGAUCCUAACUUAGCUAGUAAUGAAGGUGCAACACCUCUUAUGUUAGCCAGUCAAAAUGGUCAUGGUGAUAUUGUUAAAUUAUUAUUAGAGAAGAAUGUUCCAAUAAAUACCCAAGCCAAAAGUGGAGUAACAGCUAUUUUUUUGGCUAGCCACAACGGUCACUCUUCUGUUGUUUCUAUCUUACUUUACAAUGGAGCAAAUCCUAACUUUUCUAGUAAUGAAGGUGCAACACCUCUUAUGGUAGCCAGUAAAAAUGGUCAUGGUGAUAUUGUCGAAUUGUUAUUAGAGAAGAAUGUUCCAAUAAAUACCCAAGACAAAAAAUGGACUAACAGCCGUUUAUAUUGCUAG